ACCUUGCUCGUUUCAACCCGUAAAUCACUUCCAUUUGUAUCUCAAUUCCGCUCUCAGACAAACUAGACAUGCGCGUUUACCUGAAUCUAGCUCCGCCCGGCGAAAAUCUAGGCAUUCAGCUCUCUGCACCGGUGCAAGAAUCACGCCUGCUCGGUAAAAAGUGCAUAUUAAAGGUACAAUUGCAUAUUAGCUCAUCUUAACCAACGUGUACUAGCGGGACUGUCAGUCAGGUGAGUAUUUCGUCUGCAGUUUUCGGCUAUCUUUAAAAACAACGAAGAAAUCGAUAACGAUGCAUCUCGUAUAUCAGACGAAUUAUAAGAUCGUUAUGUCCAAAGAACACGAUAAUUCGGACAAUAACGAGGGGCUUCUUGCUCCGGAGACAUCGCAAGGCAGCGAAAGUUUCACCGAACAAGAAGUCAAGGAUGCUACCAACUUCCUGAAAGCCUACUACAACAGGCAAAUGGACGCAUUACAAGGAAUAGAUGUGGAGAUGGAAGAGUCCGAGGAGGAAAAUAAUUCGCCACCGCCUUCACCGCCAUCUCCGCCAUCUCCGCCUUCACCGCCAUCUCCCACGAUGACGUUUGAAAUAAAAGAAGAAAUGACAAGCGAACCGAUCGAUGAUGACGACUACAAUGAUUUGAUGACCGUUUUGGAUGACCUUGUCACCAAUAAGCCUGCUUUCAUAAAUGAGCCUAUACCCGUCUUUGAUCUGAACAUAUAUAAAUAUGUAUCUUUCGUGGCAGGGAGCAACGAUUUGGUUUGGGAUUUGGAGUAUCACAUCCAUGAACAUCCAGUCAAUUCAAAUUCUACUGGUUAAACUGACGCUUUUAAAAGCGAAUAUUUUACUCAUCAGUGUCUAUUAAAUUAUACUCAAUUUAUAUCAAAUAAUACUACCUAUUAAAGGGUUCUCGUAGUAGAAAUAUCGAUGUCUAUAAUCAGAGAUGAUCACUAACGUGGAUUGUCUGCUCUUCUUAAAGUAUCAAGUUAAGCAUCUUAUUUUUCAGGUAUUCAGAUUAGACUAGCCAUAUAUUCAUCUAUGUGUUGAGGUACGCCCAAUCCAAGAUAAUAUAAUAUCUUUAAAUAACUAUUCAAAAUGUAAAGAUUAUCAAAUAAAUUUGAUCAUCAUCUACUACAAUAUAAUGAUGAGUUUCAGAGAUUAAUAUGUAUUCUGAUAUAGUAAGCUCAUAAGAAAUGAACGUAACUUGACUUAAUAAAUUAAUUGAAUAUAAUUUGCAUACCAACAAAACCCUAGCUAAUCCUAAGAAACUAAGUUAUAUUUCGGAUAUAUUUAUGUCAUAUUUUUAAGAUAUAAAAACGUUUGAAAUACAAAAAUAACAAAAGAAAAAAAUAUAUGUUUAUAUAAAAAUAUAAAAGUCUGUUUUUACUCAUUUAUUUUAUAACUUCUGAUAUUGUAAUUUUCGACAAACUAAUUUUAAGUACCUACUAUUUUUAAACAUCUAUCUUUUGUAUAAAAAAUAUGAAACGAAAACGUUUGGUUAUGUAUUUUAUUAAUAUGGAAAUUUUAAAAUAUUUUGUAUACUUAUUCCUAAAAUAAUUGUAUUUAUAUCCGUCUUUAAUUCUGCCUCAUUAAAAAAUUAAGCAACAGGUUUUCCUUGUAAAGAUACGCUCACAAUCUUAAGCUUAUAUUUAUUAUGUUCUGCAAAAAAUUAAAUAUGUAUUAUUUAGUAAUAUAGUAGUAUAGUAUUAAGUUUUGUUCUAUGAUGAGUAUAAAAAUAAAGGAU